UUUUUCAGGUACCAUGGAUCCCUUUAGAGGACAAGGAGGAAUUCAGAUGCUGUUAACCGCAGAACAAGAAGCUCAACACAUCGUUUCUAAUGCAAGAAGCUUGAGAACUCAAAGAUUGAAGCAGGCAAAAGAGGAAGCCGAGAGAGAAUCAGCCAUGUACAAAUCCCAGCUGGAAAAUGAAUACCAAAAGAGUCUUUCAGAGACUAGUGGGAACUCUGGAUCCAAUGUGAAAAGACUUGAAGAAGAGACUGAUGCUAAGAUCAAUACUCUAAAAGCAUCAGCUUCAAAGGUCUCUGCAGAAAUCGUUGACAUGUUGCUCAACCAUAUUACUUCUAUCAAAGUCUAA